AUGACAAUUAAGGAAGAACUUGCAACAGUACAGCCACUGUGCCACCCUGAUGAACGCUCAGCACUGUUGCAGUUCAAGGAAAGCUUUGUUAUCAAUAACUCCGCCUCAAGCAGACCUGAAGCCCAUGCGAAAACUGAAUCGUGGAAACAUGAGAGGGAAAGUUCUGACUGCUGCUUGUGGGAUGGGGUCGAGUGUGACAAUAGCACUGGUCAUGUAAUCGGCCUCGACCUUGGAAGUAGUUAUCUCUAUGGUUCAAUCGAUUCCAGAAGCAGCCUCUUCCAUCUUGUUCACCUUCAGUGGCUUAAUCUCGCAGACAAUGUCUUCAAAAAUUCUAAAAUUCCUUCUGAGAUCACGAACCUCUCAAGACUGGCAUCUCUGGACCUCUCUUACUCCAACUUCUCUGGUCAAAUACCGUCAGAGAUCUUACAGCUGACAGAGUUAGAGCUCCUUGAUCUGUCAGGGAACUCAUUGAAGCGCCGGAAGCCAGGCUUGAGGUCUCUGCUUGAGAAUUUAACUAAUCUUCAAGAGCUUUAUCUUACUGAUGUCAGAAUUUCUUCUUCGGUACCUACUAUCUUAGCAAAUUUUUCUUCAUUGAAAGCUUUAAUUUUAUCAAAUUGUGACUUGCAUGGUGAUUUUCCCCCAAGAAUUUUUGAGUUACCCAGUCUUCAGUUUCUCAGCCUGGAGUCCAAUCCGGAUCUGACUGGGUAUUUACCUGAUAUUCAGAGCAAUCACCCUCUUUUGAAAUUAAGCCUUGCAAACACAAAUUUCUUUGGACAGCUGCCAGAAUCAUUGGGGAACUUCAAGUCUUUGGAACUUUUGGACAUUAACAACUGCCAUUUUUCAGGGAAGGUUUUGCUGGCCACGGAUGGUGGCACUCCUCGCCAUUACUCUAGCGCUCCUCUCAGGUUGCCUAGGUUGCUUGAUGGGUUUCUUUUUCCCUGUGCAACACUAGGCUCCCAAGCUUUGAUCGCUUCUCAAGUCCUUUCAUGUGCUAGUCACCACCUUCGUUGCUUGGAUCCUCUUUAUCUAACAGAAUAG